GACAAGAUGAAACUUGUUCCAUUUGCAGCAGCUCUGCUGAUUGUCACUUUGCUCUUCAUCACUUCCUUCUCCGCCACCGCCGUAUUAUCCCCAGCCCCAGCUCCAAGUGGAUUUGGAUUUGAAUGCGAUGCGAAAUGCGCGUAUCGAUGUUCGAGAUCUGGUUGGAAAGACCAGUGCCUGAAGUAUUGCGGGAUCUGUUGCGGCAAAUGCAAGGGUUGCGUGCCUUCUGGUCCAUACGCCGAUAAGGCUCAGUGUCCUAGCUACCGUGAUCUCAAGAACCCCAAGGGCAGAGACAAGUGCCCUUAACUACACUGCACCGUUUUAAUUCAUUACUAAAUCUAUUGCUUUCUAAUCUUG